UCCUUCCCGCACCUCUACGGGCAUGCGACCGCCUAGUUGCUGACAAUCAGAAGAUCAUCUCUCAGUCAAUUAAUACAAGCAUAGCUCUAGGAUUGGCGUCCCAAAUCGGAAGUCGGUAACUUCGGAAACUUUCUGUAUACACGAUGGCAACUCCAGCUUCCUGGUCAUCGAAAGCAUAUAUCGAUGGGAUAUAUAUUCCGGCAGGUCUACUAGUGAUUGGAACCUACAUCGUCAAGCAAGAAUGGACGCCUUUCGCAGCGCUCAUUGCAAUUGCCUUGGGCGCCCUUAAAUACUUCCGUUCACUGCCCAAGAAGGUCUUGAAGCCAGAUGUCUUCCAAGAAUUCGAACUCAAAGAGAAGACGAUUAUCUCUCACAAUGUAGCCAUCUACCGAUUCUCUUUGCCUGCCCCGACUUCCAUCCUCGGUCUUCCGAUCGGCCAGCACAUUUCUAUCGGUGCUGCUAUCGCGCAACCUGACGGCUCCACUAAGGAAAUCGUGCGAUCGUAUACCCCUAUCUCUGGCGACCACCAACCCGGCUACUUCGAUCUGCUCAUCAAAUCCUACCCAACCGGCAAUAUCUCCAGACACAUGGCCUCUCUUGGCGUAGGCCAGACAAUUCGUGUCAAGGGCCCAAAAGGUGCCUUUGUCUAUACUCCUAAUAUGGUCCGCCAUUUCGGCAUGGUUGCUGGUGGCACUGGUAUCACUCCUAUGCUCCAGGUUGUCCGGGCAAUUAUCCGAGGACGAGCUGCGGGCGACAAGACUCAGGUUGAUCUCAUCUUUGCCAACGUCACGGAACAAGAUAUCUUACUCAGAGAAGACCUCGACGCGCUAGCAAAAGAAGAUUCCGGUUUCAGAGUGCACUAUGUUCUUGACAAGCCUCCUGAGGGAUGGACUGGCGGUGUAGGAUAUGUGACGCCUGAUAUGGUUACCAAAUGGCUGCCGAAGCCUGCGGACGACGUCAAGAUACUGCUCUGCGGACCACCGCCCAUGAUUAGCGGGCUGAAGAAAUCUACAGAAAGCCUCGGUUUCAAGAAGGCUCGCCCCGUGAGCAAGCUAGAAGACCAGGUUUUUGCCUUUUAAAGUAAUAGAUCAUAGACUAUAUGUUGGAAAGAUAGAACUUUUCAAUGAGUCGUGUGACCUUUUCAACCACGCAAGACAUCUGCAGAUACCGCGCAAUAAAAAGGAAUUAUAUGUCUUCGUCUCGCCAAUGGAACUCGUUCGUCAACAACAGCCUCCAUUUACACAGC